ACUGGUACAACCAUAAAACAGACGAAUUAGACGAAGCCAAAUGAAGGUUUGAGUGUGUGUAAAGAACUGUUAUUUUUGUGCAGCUAAUGGUUUCUUUUCAAGGUGUAAAAUCAAACACAGGAAUAAUAAGGCAGCAAACAGCCGGACUGGACGAAGCUGCCACACACACGCAAAUGAGUCUUUUGCGGAAGUUAAUUUGUCUCACUGACGUAAUUUCUGAACAGGAAUCUGUGUUGUUUCUGCUUUCCAGAACAUGAGUGAUGCCAUGGCAGUGUUGCACAAGCUGCAGACCGGCCUGGACGUGAACGUGAAGUUCACAGGGGUGCGGGUCUUUGAGUACACCCCAGAAUGCAUCGUGUUUGAUCUGCUGGACAUCCCUCUUUACCACGGCUGGCUGGUUGACCCCCAGAUGCAUGACAUUGUCAAGGCAGUGGGCAACUGCAGCUACAACCAGCUGGUGGAGAAGAUAAUAUCCUGCAAACAGUCAGACAACAGCGAGCUGGCAGGGGAAGGUGAGUGCUUUCUCUUCACUCCUCAGGCUUCCUGACCGGCCUCACCGCCCUCCCGUCUCGCUGCUC